UUCCUCCUUCGAUCGAAGACCAGGAAACCCUAGGCGUAGUACGCGUCCGUGGCGGCUCCCAGGCGGUGCUCCGCUGCGCGGCCUCGGGGGUGCCGAGCCCGGAGAUAAGCUGGCUACUGGGCGCGUCGCGCAUCACGGGCGCCGAUGGCCGCGUGCGCCCGGGCACCUCCGAGCUGGUGAUCGAGACAGCGCGCGAGCAGGACGCCGGUCGCUACCGUUGCAACGCCGUCAACGAGGUCGGCACGGCAUCCAGGGAGUUUGUUGUUGACGUGCUCGCACCGCCAGCGCUGAAGGUCGGCGACCGUGUUUCCUGGGAGCUGCUUGAGGGGGAGCCGGCAACGUUGGACUGCUCAGCGACCGGAAAUCCGGCUCCCGUGGUGACCUGGUCUAAGGCUGGCGCCGAGAUCACUCCAGCCGCACUGCUCCCGGAGGGCAUCGACGUCAUCCGGGGUGGCCACGCAAUCCGAAUGCUGCAUGCGACCACCGCGCACGCUGGCCCGUACUCGUGCGAGGUGGUCAAUGAGGUGGGCCGGGUGGCCCGAAACUUCUCUCUUAGCGUACUUGUGCGGCCCGUAAUCUGGACGGGGCCUUCGGAACACGACGGCGAGAAAUUGAACGUCGUAAAAGGUGACAACCUGGUGCUGUUCUGCAAUGUCACUGGCCAGCCAAAGCCAGUGGUCCGUUGGCUUCGGGAUGGUCUUCCGCUCGAAUUCAGGACCGGCAUCUCGCUCCUACAGUCUGGACGAAGUCUCAAUCUUUCUUCACUCGAGCUUUCAGACGGAGGAAAGUACGUGUGCAUCGGUACGAACAAUGUGGGCUCGGCGGCCAGGGCUUUCGAAGUGGAAGUGCAAGAGCGGCCUUCCAUCGACACGUCAAGCCAAGACCGGCACCAGACGGCGUGGCUGCACCAGCCAGUGACGCUGGCUUGCCCAGCAUCCGGGUCUCCGGCACCGGAACUGAGCUGGUUCCAUGACGGGGUGCCCCUGCUGGAGUCCGACCCGAAGCUGCUCUUCUUCCAGGGAGGCCGCCUACUGACACUCCAACCGGCACUCCCCUCGAGUGCUGGCAUCUACACCUGCGAAGCGGUGAACGUGGUGGGACGCGCCUCCUUGGACUACAUUCUUGAGGUACUCG